AUGGCUUCGUUUUGGGAUCUGGUACGGGAAUGGGCAAGGCCCCUCCAUAUUCCUAAUAUUUUGCAGAGUUCCACCAACGGCGUGCGCAGCGCUCUUGUUCCUGUCUUUGCACGUCGUCUGGGAUUGACAGACAGCCAGGUGGGCUUUAUCAUUGGCUCUGCAGGUAUUGUUAAGGUUCUCCUUGAUGUCGCCUUUGGAUUUGCCGCCUCUCUUCAUGGAACUCGCGUCAUUAUGAUUGCCGGCAUGUUGCUAAACGUUCUGGGUAGCAUUGUGGCGAUGUUUGCAUUUUAUUCUGCGCUUCUUACUGCGUCCAUGCUUUGGGGUGCGGGUGUAGGCUGCUUCUUUGUGGCUCGGCAGUUCUUUGUUGCGAGGGCAGUGCCCCGCUCCAUUCGUGGUCGUCUUAUGUCUUUGGUUGGUGGUUUUACACGUUGGUGCGUCGUCCUGGGGCCAGCCAUUGCCGGGUUGAUGAUAGAUUUUGUAAGUGUUCGGUUAGCCGCAUUCUCUAUAGCGCCAAUAAGCCUUACUUGCGCCUACAUCGUGGCCACGAACGAGAAGAUACGUGCUGUGGAUGAGGAGAUUAGUGAAGGAAGAGAGGAUCAUAAUAUUUCCAAGGAGUUGAGUCUCAUGGUGGUGGCGUUACAAAAGUACUGGGAUAUUAUUAUACGCAUCGGUGUCUAUUCGUUUAACCUCGUUUGUCUGCGGCAGGGUCGGAGUAUGUUGCUGGCACUUGCAGCAAUUAAUAUGGGGCUUUCGGCAUCUAUGGUGGGCCUGGUUUUAGGAUCCUCCUAUGUCGUAGAUGCCACUUUGUUUUUCCUGGGGGGGUAUAUCGUGGAUAAGUUUGGUGAAAUCUACACGACAAUUCCUACCUCAGUGAAUCUGGGUGUCGCAUUCUUGGUACUUGCUCAUGCUAAUACUCUUGCUACAUUGUUGCUGAGUGCUGUCUUGUUUGGGGUUGCAGACUCUACCGGAUGUGGAAUUUUGAUGAUACUCACCGCCGAACACUCUCCUCCCAGCGGUGGCGCCUCCUUCAUGGGGCUGAUGGGAACGGUGCAGGACUUGGGGCAGGUGGUCGGGCCUAUGGUUUCUGGCCUAAUUAUGGAGUACUUUGGUUUUGCCAGUGUGUGUUACGUCCUGGGCGGUGUUGGGGCGCUCAAUGCCCUCUGGGCAUACUUCAUGAUCCCUGCGAAAUCAUGUACUCGCGUGGAGGAGGAGGAGGCAGCAUCAAAGAUAAUAGACCCCGUUGCCCCCGCCGGCGAUGCGACAAUGGUGGUUGUGGAGGCAGAAGAAAGAGAGGCGGUUCCAGAUGCCGAGGAUGAGGGUGCCAUACAUUUGUUAGUAGAUGAAGAACUAGAGGUGAGUGACGCCGAGGCUGGGAACGAGGUGAAGAAGAUUGAGGUGCAGGAGAAAGGAUGA